UUCUCGAGGUUGUCGUGGUUUGGUGAAGAGGACGGUCUGAGACUAACAGGAGACAGCUGGGAGACAGGUUCAGGACAAGUUGAAAGCUGUUUGUUCAUGGGAAGCCGAAGUCACGGCUUUUCUGAAGAAAAUUUCCCCAAUUGUUGAUUACGUUUUACAUAUACCUUUAUUGUCCAAUAAAAUGAGUUGUUGCCCUCCUUGUUCUCAGUUAAGGGCAGUUUUAAUUGAUUUGAGUGGAACUCUUCACAUUGAAGACAGUGCUAUACCCGGGACUGUCGAAGCCCUUAAGAGGUUAAGAUCAACAAAUCUCAAUAUUAAGUUUGUUACUAACACAACAAAGGAAAGCAGACAAGUGCUUUAUAACAGACUUUUAAAACUUGGAUUUGAAAUAAACAAAGAUGAAAUAUGGAGCUCAUUGUGGGCUGCACGAGAUUUACUUGCAAAUCGUAAGCUUUCUCCAUAUCUGAUGGUUGCAGAUGAUGCAUUGGAAGAUUUUGCAGAUAUUGUUGAUGCAAGUAAACCUUUUGAUUCAGUUGUUAUUGGAUUGGCUCCAUCAAAAUUUGAUUAUACUCAUCUCAAUGAAGCAUUCAGGUUAUUGCUAAAUGGAGCUCCUUUAGUUGCAAUUCAUGAGGGAAGGUAUUACAAACGUCCAGAUGGAUUAGCUUUAGGCCCUGGGCCCUUUGUGAAGGGUUUGGAAUAUGCAACAGGAUGCAAAGCAGAAAUUGUUGGUAAACCAUGCAAAGAUUUCUUCAAGUCAGCACUUGGAAAUACUGAUCCCUCUGCUGCAAUAAUGAUUGGUGAUCACGCGUCGCGCCGAAGAAUGUUGACCACUUUGGCCUUGGGCGCCGGUGACGGCACUACCUCGCAUGUUGCGUAAGGCUGCGGGACACCAUGCGGUCUGUCCCCCUCCCUGGCCAUUGCCGCAUAUUUGAUUUGUAUAGGAGCGAUUGAGGCUCGGUUCAUUACGCAGCCCGUAUGAGCCUUCUGCUGCUGCCACGAGAGCAUCUGACAGGCGACGGGCGCAUAUAUAUCCCGGCGCACGACCCGGCUGCCCGCAGAGCGAGGUUAACCAGCCGGCGGGGAAUUUGGACUUGACGCACGCCCCUACUGAAGCACGAUCCCUUAUUAGUAUACCAGAAGUAUGUGUGGAAUUUGGGCACUCUUUGGUCUGGGAUCUCAGACUUCUUUUGAAAAUAAUUCUGCUUUCUCCAAAGUAUGGCAUAGAGGGCCAGAUGCUUGGAGAGUUGAAUAUGAUCAAAAGAUGAAGAACUGUUUUGUGGGCUUUCAUCGUUUGGCCAUUGUUGACAGUCUUUAUGGCAUGCAACCUAUGAAACUACAUGCGUAUCCUCAUUUGACUGUACUAUGUAAUGGUGAAAUUUACAACUGUAAGCAGUUGAAGGAACAAUAUGGAUUCAACUAUGAAACUAACUGUGAUGUAGAAUGUAUAUUGCACCUUUACGCAGAUGGUGGCAUUGAACAUUGUGCCAGAAAUUUGGAUGGUGUGUUUGCAUUUUGUCUUAUUGACAGCAAGGAGAGCAAAGUCUUCUUGGCUCGAGAUCCAUAUGGUGUUAGACCAAUGUUUAGAUUGCAUAGCGAACUUGGUAUUCUUGCAGCAUGUUCAGAGGCCAAAGGUGAAUUUAUAUGCUUAAUGGAAAUUACUACCCAACUUGGAGACGGUGCAUGGAAGAUGGAUCCUUUUCCACCUGGUUGUUUUGAAGAAUACAAGAUAAAUGGUGAUGGCAAAGCGACUGUCAUUCAAAAGAAACCGUUUUAUAAUAUUGGGGAUAAACCUCUGUUUCGUCCAUUUGUUCCUUUUGAUGAUUUAACAAAAGACAUACAGUCCAACAUAAAAAGCUUAUUGACAGCAGCAGUGAAAAAACGUCUCAUGGCUGACCGCCGUAUUGGUUGCCUUUUAUCUGGAGGUUUGGAUUCAAGUCUGGUGGCUUCUCUUCUUGUGAAACUUUCUAAGGAAGAAAAUCUUCCUUACAAAAUUCAGUCAUUUGCUGUUGGAAUGGGAACAAGCCCAGAUAUUAUAGCUGCUCGACAAGUUGCACAGUAUAUUGGGACUGAACAUCAUGAAAUAAUUUUUACUCCAGAAGAUGUGAAAGAGGUCCUUGAUGAAGUUUUGUAUCACACAGAAACAUUGGAUAUUACUACUGUUAGGGCAUCCGUACCUAUGUAUAUACUUGCUCGAUAUAUAAAGAAGAAUACAGACACAACAGUCAUAUUCAGUGGUGAAGGAGCUGAUGAAGUGGCUCAGGGUUACAUUUAUUUUAGAGAUGCUCCAUCAAGUGCAGCUGCCCACAGUGACAGUGUGCGCUUAUUGAAAGACAUUUACUUAUUUGAUGGCUUGAGAGCUGAUCGGACUAUUAGUGCUCACAGCUUGGAAUUGAGAGUUCCUUUCCUUGAUUUACAAUUUACGCAUUACUAUUUGGGUCUGGAUCCAGAACUCAGAACACCAAAGGGAGGUGUUGAGAAACACUUGUUGCGAUCAGCUUUUGAUGACACAGAUCUUCUUCCUAAGUCUAUUCUUUGGAGACACAAAGAAGCAUUCAGUGAUGGUGUAGCUUCUGUCAAGAAAUCUCUCUUUCAAGUAAUUCAAGAACAAGUAGAAAGUAAGAUAUCUGCUGAAGCAUUGUCAAAAGCUGUUCAUAAGUAUCCUCAUUGCACUCCAAAAACCAAGGAGUCCUUGUAUUAUCGUGAAGCAUUUGAGAAAAACUUUCCUGGACAGAGCCACUUCACACCCUAUUUCUGGAUGCCCCGAUGGACUGAUGCUACAGAUCCUUCUGCUCGUUUCAUUAAACAUUAUGCUGCUCAUAAGACAGAGUAAUAUAAUAAAGUGAAUGAUGAACAAUUCCCUAUAAUUUGAAGGAGAAUUUUCCUAGUGACUGAUGUUGUUUUGUGACCAGUUUUUGCCUUUUAAUGUCUAGUGAUUCAUCUGGAGUACAUACUAUUUUAAUGAAAAUUAUCUCGAUGAUCAUGUAUAAUAGAAAUUAUACAUUUGUUUUUAUGUAUGUGCUAGUGUUUACUGCAGAUGAUCAGUAUUCUGUUCUUAUCAACAUAACUGCAGUUUAGCAGUCCUCAUUUGAUAACAAGCAAGUGCAUUGUUGUUAACUUCAUUCAGGAAAGUAGCGGAUCAUUUGUUGAGUUGUUAUGAGAGUUUUGUGAGAAACCAAAAUUUUGGAAUGCUAUGUCAGGAUUAAUGUGUAUGGUCUCAAGGACAAAUAUAAUUUGUUUGGGGGGGGGGGGAAUGAGUAGCAAUGACAAAUGACAUAUCAAUUCUGCAUUACACAGACAAGGAUUGGAAACUAAUUUUCAGAAUUUCUAUAUGAGAAAAGAAACAAUAAAUUUAUUUGUAAAACUAAAGGUACAUCUUCAGUCUGAUUUAAAUUUGAAAUGGAAGAUUACAGGAAGAAAAGAUAGUUAAGGAACACAAAAGAGAUAAUUUAAACAUCCAAUUGUUUUUUGUUUCCGAUUCAAAAUGGACAUUACCCAAUGACCAUACUCAUUGUCUUUGUGUUUAGAAUUGAUUUUCUGCUUUGAAUGUGCGUUAAAUUCACGUCAAGAAUAUGAGGUUGAUAUUCACCCAUUUUGAUGUGAUCUUAAAAUGUUUUGAGUGUGAACAUGGGUGGAAAAAGUCUCUGGGCAAACACAAUUGUAUUGUUUAUCUCUUAUUGAAAAAGGAGAUGAAUUUAAUUAUUAUAAUUUUAUUGAUUUUGCACUUGUUACAUAUAUUUCUGGAACAUUUUAAGUUUUUACUUUGGUUACUCCUUCAUAUUUUGCUGCUUUGACAUGUAUUAAGUUUUUCUUGACUCUUAUAGUGCUCGAUUUUUCUAAACAGAAGGUUGUUCAGGAGUGAGAAAUGUAAAUUUCAAUUCGGAACAUAUGUUUUGAGUUAAAUAGACACAAUACUGAAAGUUCUCCUGCAAGUUGGAAGUUGUUACAGGGUCAUUUUGUGUAAACCAAUUUCAAAUUGUUUGGAACCCAAGCGGGUUCUGUGUGUUUUAUACAGUAAAUUAAAUGGUUUCCAUCCCACUGCUUUCAAAUUUUUAAAUCAAAAAAUAUAAAUUGUCUUCAAAUAAACUUCUUCUGUUUGAGAAUAACAUGCUGAUGUGAAUUAUUUGCUGUAAUAGCACUUUAACAUGAAAUUUGAGAGAUAAUGUUUUGCACUUGUUCCAGAUACUUGAAAAUGUUUUUAUACGUAUUGUUGUACUUGCAUCAUUUGGAAAAAUUAAAUUUAUUGACAAUGUGGAAGGAUUUGAAUAUAUUGAGUGGUAUAUUUUUAUAUCUGUUAAUUUGUACUCUAGUUAUCAAUGUGUUUUCUUGUUAGUAAAACAUAAGAGGUUGUGCAAGUUUUUUUAAGUGCACUAUCUAUCACUCUCAAUUUGAGAUGCUGCUACGUUGCCAGGAAUGUUUUAAUAAAUUUCUCGGC